AUGUCCGCCAACCCCGAUUCCGUUACCAACCAGGGCCAGUUCCACUCCAGCGUUCCCCCAGCUGAGCCUAGAACCAGAUCUGGCAUAAGCCAGCAAGUAGGCAACGAAGCCCUGCCCGAGUUCCGCGCAAAGACUUUUCCCUCCGGCACCGCUCCGGAGAAGGACUCGCACCAUGCGAACUCCAUCCACGCCACUCCCGGCCAGGGCAUGGAUACAGACGUCGACCCGUCCACGCAGACAGGGCUGCUUGACGCCUUCCCCGGCUCCACGAGCCAGUCCGUCCACAACCAGACCACGUACGGCAAGCCCAUGCAGGGCCAGACCAGCAACGAGCUGCACGGCAUGAAGGUUCGCCAUCGCAAGGCCGAGCGCUCCGGCGUCGAGGGCCUGGGCACCACCCACAAGCACGCCGAGACCGUCUUCAACCAGGUCCGCGAGCAGGUCGCUGACAAGCCCGAGCCUAUCAAGAGGGGCAUCCGUGGCGAGACUGAUAGAAUGGGCGAGGGCGGAUAUAAUGCGCGUGGUGCGGAGCACAGCCAGCCUAAGACGGCGCAGAGGGUUGCUACCGAGCACCCUUGA